AUUCCCAGAAUUCCGCCAUGGCUCCCUCGCGCAGCCGCUCCUCCACCCGAAUCCCGCCGUGCAUUCCCAAGCGCCAACUCCCGCCAGGAUAUUCGGAUUCUCUCCUUUUCCUCUGCGCCCGCCGCAUUGUCGCCCACCACCCCCUUCCCAUCCUUCCAGCCCUUCCCGCCCACCUCUAUCCCAUCCUUUUCCAAGCGGCAUUCCUGGAUGGAAGACCCCUGGUCCUGCGGGAUUUGGUGGCCGCUUGGCCUUUCCCGGUGCUCAACUUCCAGCGGCUCGUGGGGCGCCGGGAGCUGCUCCGGGAUCAUCCCUGCAAGCUCUGUGUCCAGGCCGUCAUCCUGGCUGUGGUGGCGCAGCUCCGGCGGGAGCUGGAAGAGCCCGGCCGUGAUUCCAGCGGCUGCCGCCUGCGCGUGCUGGAUGUGACGGGAGUUCCGGAUGAUCCAGCCGGCCGCGCUCCUGACGGGAUGAGCGUCUGGUCCGGCACCGUGGCUUUGGCCAAGGCUUGCGUGGAGGUGUCCAAGCACCAGCGGGAAUUCCAGAGACGCGGAUCCAAGCGGCACAAAGGUCGCUCUGGAGCUGCCACGGCCGCAGCCGCUCCGCAGCCCCCGGGCGUGGACGUCCACGCCGACCUGUUCGUCAACGGAACAUCCUAUGGGAUCCUGCGGGACGCGCUCCAAACCGGAGCCACCGGCCCGCUGCGCCUCAAGUGCCGCGAAUUCCAAGCGGAAAAGCUCUCCCUGGCCGGCAUCGUGAGCCUGCUGGAAUCUCUGGAUCCUUCCUGCGUGCGGAGGGUGGAUCUGCGCUUCCGGAAUUUGGGAUUGACCGGGCUCUCGGUGAUCCUGCCGCACCUCUCGCGCUUCCCGGAGCUGCGCAGCCUCAAGCUCCAGUACAGCAACGUGGACGUGCGGCGGCCGACGCCGGAAUCGGCCAUCGGAAUCCGUUGCCUGGCCGGGCAGCUGGGAAUGCUGCCCAGCCUCCGGGAGCUCAACCUGGGAUCGUCCCGGCUCUCUGGGAAUCUGCGCCAGAUCCUCUGUGACCUCCAGGCUCCGUUGGAAAGCUUGGAAUUGGCCUUCUGCUCCCUCGUUCCCGCCGACCUCGCCUUCCUCUCCCAAAGCUUCCACGCUCCAGCCCUCAAAAGGUUGGAUCUGAGCGGCCAUGACUUCUCCCAAGGCCUCCUGGAGCCUCUCCGGCUGCUCCUGGAGGAAACCUCGGCCUCGCUGCUGCACCUGGAUCUCAUGGAAUGCCGCAUGGCCGAUUCCCACUUGGACGCGCUCCUCCCGACGCUCCGGCGCUGCUCCCGCCUGCGCUUCCUGGGACUCUACGGCAAUUCCCUGUCCACGGCCGCGCUCAAGGAUCUGCUCCAGAAAACCUUGGAGCUGCCGGAUCUCCACCUGGUUGUGUAUCCUUUCCCCGUGGAUUGCUACAAACCGGAGCCUCCGCGUCGAGUCCCGGGAUCCCGACGGAUUUACGAGGAGCCCAUGGAUGGGGAACGUUUGGCAGCGGCCACCGCGGAGAUUUCCCAGCUGCUGGCAAAUUCUGGGAGAACCGACCUCGUCUGGACUUACAAUCCCUACGGCCAUGGAGCCCUGGACUACUUCUCCUUGUGAUUUGGGAAAAGUUCGGAGGCGGGAAAAUCUCGGAGCCUCCAUUGUAGAAAAGCGCUGCUGCCUCCUUCCCAAAAUCCGGGCGUUUUCCGCCUCAUCCCGGUGCUUUUCUGCCUCAUUCCAGUGGUUUUUUUCCUUUCAUUUUGGUGCUUUUCUGCCUGGUUUUGUUAGUUUUCUGUCUCAUCCCGAUGUUUUUCAGCCCCAUUCUUAAAUUUUUCCCUGGUUUUGUAGCUUUUCUGUCACGUUUUGAGGAUUUUCCUCCCCAUCCCCAUAGUUUUCCCUCAUCCCAGUAUUUUUCCCCCAUUUGGUUAUCUUUCCAGCCUGUCCCAGUGUUUUUUCAGCCCAUCCUGGUAUUUUUCUGCCUCAUCCCGGUAUUUUUCCAUCCCAUUUCAUGAUUUUUUCCAGCCCAUCCCAGUGUUUUUUCCAUCAGGAUUGGCUUUGCACAGCCAAAUUCCAGGAGGCUCCGGGGCUUGAUUCCACUGGAAGCUGCCGGAAGCUUCUCCCGUGUCCAGCCAAUCCUGUCGGGAACAGCAGCGACACCUUUGGAAUAAGAAUGAAGUUGGAAGAAACCAAUCAUAGCCCAGCUGGAAUUCUGCAUCAGGAAUUUGGGAAAGGAACAACUCCAGAGAUGAUUCUAAAGUGCUGGAGUGGAAAUUCCCAAAAUUCUGCGGUGCAUCCAAAGGGAAACUCAUCCUGGAGCUGGAUCUUGGGAGGGACCUGCAGAUCCACGGAAAAAGGAGCAGAUUCCUGGCAGGAAUCUCACGAAGGUAAAAUCCUUGGGAGCAGGAUAUUCCUGAUGUAUUGAUCCCUUGGAAAAGUCCAUGAGGAAUUGUCUUCCAUGGGAAUGACACAUUGGAGAAAUCCAUGGAAAACUCUUGCCAUGGGAUGGAUUUGCAUUAGAAAAUGCAUUGAAAACUGACUUUGGGAUGGAUUCACAGAGAAAUCCUUGGAAAGUUUGCUGUGGGACGGAUUUACAUGGGAGAAAUCCAUGGAAAACUCCCCUGGGAUGGCCCUGGCUCCCAGCACUGCUGGAGGGAUUGAGGGAAAACUGGGAAAGAGAGAACUGGGGGAGGGAAAAGUUGGAUUUGGGGUCUUGUUAUCCUGUUCUGAUUCCAUUGGAAAUAAACGCAUCCUGUCCCAGA